GCUGACGACGGAGAGUCAGAACAUGAGGCAGGAGCUUCAGAACAGGGACGUGGCGAUCGCAGAGAUGAGAGGACAGCUUCAAGGUCAGCAGCAGGCUCAGCAGCAGGCUCAGCAGCAGCGGGUAGCCCCGCGCGGCGAGAUGAUGGAUCCGAAGAUCCUUCACAAGGUGAAGCCGUUCGACGGCCAAAGGUCGAGCUGGAAGACGUUCAGCUUCCAGUACAGAGCGUACCUGAUCGCCCAGGAUCGGAGGUACCGAGAUCUUCUGGAAAGGUGCGAGGACGGAGCCCAGGAGGUGGACAACGUCAACCUGGACCCGCAGGAGGAAGAACUCAGCACGCAGUUGUACUACGGCCUGGUCCUGGCCAUGCCCGAGGACUCGGUGGGCGAGCUGAUCGUGAGGAACAGCCCAGUAGGAGAAGGAGCCGAGUGCUGGAGGAAGCUUCAGAAGGAGUACAACCCGAGCGAGGCAGGCAACGUGCUGGCGAUGUGGACCAAGCUCACGGACACGAAGUUCGACGCCAAGGAAGACGUGAUGGUGAGCAUCAGCAAGCUGGACGAGGACAUGGCGAGGUACCAGAAGAUGGCAGGAGAGCCCGUCUCGGACCUGAUCAAGCGCGGCAUCCUCACAAAGGCGCUGAAGGAUCACGACGAGCUGCAGAAGCACGUGUUUCGGAACAGCAGUCGGUUAAGUACGUACGAGCUUCUGAGAGCCGAGGUAGUGUCGGCGUUGAUGGCAGAGCGAGCGGUUCAGGACGACCCGAUGGAGAUCGGAGCGCUGAAGGGCGGAAAGAGACCGUGGAAAGGCCGCGGCAAAGGGAAAGACGGCAAAGGCAAGGAGAAGCCAACGAAUCCCGACGCCGAGAUCGAGUGCAACUACUGCCACAAGAAGGGCCACCGCAGCGCAAACUGCCGAAAGCGGAUCGCCGACGAGAAGAAGACAGCCGAGAAGGACAAGAAGGACAAGAAGCAGUUCCGAAAAGAGAAGGCAAAAGAAAAGAAGAAGAUCGGGGCAGCGGCAGUCAGGGAGCUCGAAAGGUUACGACAGACAGGAGUGGGCACAGGUCACAAGAAGCGCAACCACACGAUCGACUGGAAGUACUGCUUGCCUGGCUACUACCAAUACGACUGCUGCUCUUGCAAGAAGACCUUUGAAGGAUGGCGAUGGCACUACGAUCAGUGGCAGCUGGACUACUGUGCCGUGUGUGCCGAGUUCUGCCUGGACAGCUUCAAGGACGGGGAAGAGCCAGACGACAACAAGAAGCCAAAGCCAAAGAAGCGCAAGAAAGGUGCGCAGAUCAGUGCGAUACCGAGGUCACAGGUGACCAAGCACAACUACACGCCGACGGACAGCAACGUUGUCGGCUUGAAGGGCAUAGGAGGCGAGGAGAUCGAGAGGUACGGCCACGUGGUCACUGGAUCAUCAACGGUACCAUCGAGCCACCUGACGGAGCUGAGUUCGUACCUCUACGUCGUCACCAAGGAACCAGCUGAUGAGAACAAGAUACCGAAGGUGGUGUUCGACAUCUUUUACGUAGGGACGGACCAGCUGGCUGCGAAGUACAAGCUUAAAGGAGGUUACUUCAGCAUCAGGGAGAAGACGUCGGUCACGAAGGCCGAGUUAGACCAAGCGGUCUCUGUCUUGAAUGUUAUCGACUGUAAGAUCUUGGCUCAGGCGACGUUGUACGCGAACAAGGAGACGGAUGACUACAAGGUGUCCUUCCUGCUAGGCGUGCUGGAAGCUUGGGGUCACACAACAGUCAUACUUCAGACAGACCAGGAGCCUGCCACCAUGGCUCUGGCGCAGGCAGUUCGAGAUCGCAGAUCACACUCAACCUUGGUGCGGGGAUCACCGCCCUUUUCCAAGCAGAGUGCAGGCUACGCUGAAGGAGGUAACAAGCUAGCAGCUGGUCUACUUCGAGCCUACAAGCUGAAGCUGGAGCACAAGCUGGGCAGCGAGAUCAAGAUGACGGAUCCGAUCGUGCCAUGGCUUGUGAACUCGGUGGGGUGGAUGAUCACCAGAUUCCAGCCUCGCAGUCACGGAGGUUCCUCCUACAAGAUGCUCUACGGCAAAGAGUACAACGGCGAGAUUGCGGAGAUGGGUGAGCAGGUCUGGUAUCGGAUCUCAGCCCGAGUUGCCGCGGGACGUGGCAAAUGGGAAGCCCGCUUCGCAAAAGGAAUCUGGGUUGGUAAGAGCGAGCUGGACGACACACAUCUCGUGAUCGAUCCUGAACGUGGAGUGCAGAAGGUCAGAACGGUGCGAAGGAUGCCUGAGGAGUUCAGGUGGCAGCCCGAGCUCAUCCAGCACAUCAGGGUGACGCCCUGGAAGCAGACGCCCGACAAGAGUUCAGGAACCAUCGGACGCAGCAUGUACAUCACGGAGCGCAUGAUCGAUGCUCAUGGUCCUACCGACGAUUGCAGGAAGUGCAGUACAGGAUACGGUUCGCAUUCGGCAGCCUGCCGACAGCGUUUCGAGACCAUUCAGGCCGACUUGCUGCGCGAGAAGUUGGCGAAGGACCCUGUGGCCCCUGAGGCUACAGUCGUGGUGCCAGCGCCGGCUGCGGGAAGCCCCGCGCCUGGAGCGACUUUCGGCGAAGUGCCCCAGGUGAAGUUCGUGAAGGAGCUGAGGAGCCACUUAGGAGAUCCUGAGGAGCAACAGGUGGAGCAGAUGGUUGAGGUGAGCGCCGAGCUGCAUGAGAAAGACCAGUGGAGCCCAAAGACGAUACACUACGAUUACUACACUGGAGAGCCUCUGGAUGAGGACCUGUAUCAGAAGGGUCGCGACGACGAGCUGCAGGCCAUGAAGGACUACGGGGUCUACGUGGAAGUGGCGACAUCGACGGCGACCGACGGCAAGCACAUUGGAGGUUUCCCGAUAGCCCACAUGAAAGAAGGAAAGGUCAGGUGGAGGUUCGUAGCAACCGAGGUGAACAAGUACGAGGUCAGGGAGGACAACCACCAAGGCACGCCCCCGCUCAUGAUUGUCAGAGCGACGCUGAGCCGUGCCGCUUCAAGUCCAACUUCCAGCGGGCAGCACCUGCGGAAGAUACAAGUCUGGGACGUCAGGAAGGCUUUCUUCAACGCUGACUUAGACGAGACGAUCUACGUGCAUCCUGGGAGAGAGCUGUGUCCGCCUGGAAGGUGCUGGUGGUUACGCAAGGCCAUGAACGGUACCAGGAAGGCGUCGCAGAUGUGGGGUGAGCUUGUGAGAACUACUAUGGACGACGGUCAUUGGGAAUGCUUGGUCGGAACUCCUAACGUGUUCUACUUACCUGCUAGCCCCAACACAGCCCCCUUCGACGAGGAUAGCACAGCGAUCUGCCAUGGCGAUGACUUUCUUGCUGAAGGCUACGACGAGCAGCUGGACGAGCUGGACGAGUUGUUGAAGCAGCAGUUUGAGGUCACGGCCAGCGCCAGACUUGGACCAGGAGCGGUAGGGCAGACUACAUACCUCAAGAGGACGAUCGGCUACACCGACAAGUUACCAGGUUGCGAGGAGCCAGGUUUCUUCUGGACUGCCGAUCCCAAGCAUGUGGACUUCAUGAUCAAGUGGACGCAGAAGCGAGGACUUCAGUGUAAGACUUACCUGAUCGAGACCCAGAGGCCCUGCAACCUGAAGAUCUAUAGUGACAGCACAGCUGGACGUGGGAUGUGCAGCCGAGUUGGGGUGGGCAAGGUCAGGCACCUGGAGUUGAGGUACUUGUGGAUUCAGGAGCGGUUGCGUCUCAAGGCGUUCGAGCUUCACAAAGAGGACACCAGCAAGAUGACAGCCGACAUGCUCACGAAGUACAGCGAGUGGCCGACAAUCGAGAAGCAUUGCACCACUCUCAACCUCAGGUUCGGAAAGCAGUUGAAGGGCUUGAGCGCGAUGGCAGUUUUCACGGAGGUCGUGACGAAGGUGUCAGGCGAGAAGGUGACAGUGUACGGAGGUUCUGACGAGGUUGCGGUUUGCCCCGCGCCUGUCAGCCACUACGUGGACAGCGAGGAGUUCUGGUUCUUCCUGAAGUUGGGACUUGUUGUGGUGACUGCAGCCAGUGUGUUUUUACUGGGGUGCUGGUGUGGUUGCUACUUCAAGAACUUCUACGACAAGUUCCUCCUCCAGGGUGCGGUUAACCCCGCCUCUGGAAGCACUUGCACACCAUCUGCGCGGGCUGACGUCGAGUUCAAGACCGUGUGUGUACAGCAGGACAAAGGAGCAAGGCACAAGCUCUUAAGCACGUUUCUUGUAGCUGACCUGCGAGCUGUCUUGAAGGCCAAGAGCCUGGCCGUGUCAGGGAUCAAGGAGGACCUGGUCACGAGGAUGAUCAAGCACGGGUGUGUUCUGUCGGAUCGCCAGGCCAAAGAGAUCGAGCAGCUGCGGGUGAUGGCUACAGCGCGUGGACCUCUUGCCAAGCUGAGCUUGCAGGACAUCAGCAGUCCAGAGGCCGCGCAGAAGUGGAUCGAGACGUUCAAGAGCGAGUGCUGA